AUGUCGUUUCUUGGGCUGCAGGGUCUGCAUGUGUUUGUCACGGGUGCUGUGGGGGGAAUUGGUAGUGCGCUGGUGGAUGAGUUUUUAGUUCAAGGAUGUAAAGUCACCGCCCACGACUUACGCCCAAACGACCUGGCAUCAACAGAUAACCCAAAUCUGAACUGUCUCCGAGGGGACAUCAGCGAUGAGAAAUCCAUCCAGCAGUCCAUCUCCGAUGCUAUCCAGCACUUUGGCCGUCCUGUCAAUAUUCUCUGCGCUAAUGCCGGCAUCACAGACGAGUCCAACAGCUAUCCAAUCUGGGACAUGCCCUCGGCGUUAUGGGAGCGCACCUACACCGUCAACGUCCGCGGGACUUUUCUGACCAUCAAACAUUUCCUAAAGAGCAUUGAACAAGUCCAGUCUUCUUCCGGCGCCGAGGUUCAAAAUGUCAGUAUCGUUGUUACCGGCUCGGAGUGUGGUGUCUUUGGUCAGGCUGGACACGUGGAGUAUGCGUCUGGCAAGGCGGGAUUGCAGUAUGGACUUGUCAAGACGGUGAAGAAUGAGAUUGUGAGGUUGAAUGCGAAAGCGAGGAUCAAUGCUGUUGCGCCUGGCUGGGUGGAUACCAAGUUGAUUGAAGGGAGGCUUGACGAUCCAAAGGAGAUGUGGAGGGAGGCUGAAGCGACUGUUCCGCUGAGGAGGAUUGCACAACCUACUGAUGUGGCAAGAGCAGCGGCCUUCCUCGCCAGCCAUCGAGCAGCGGGUCAUAUCUCCGGCCAGUGCAUAUCGGUAGAUGGUGGGAUGGAGGGGCGAAUAGUCUGGUCCGAGGAUGAGAUUUGUAAAUCUCAACAGACUGCCAAUGAGCUUGUCACACCAUCCACAAACGCAGCAACCGAGAUCUUUGGUACUUUGACAGAGGGCGUGCAGAUAUCAGCUCGAGAUCAACCGUCUACGGCCAUGCAAGUCAGUCCACCAAGACCGGCCAGUCCGACUAAUGCUCUCAAGCAUUGGACAGUCACCUCUCCUACAAGGCCCAAGAUCAAGGUGCUCGUCUCAGUUGACUUUGAUGCUGUCUCAGGAUGGCUAGGCACGGGUCAAAAUCCAAACAAUAACCUUGCUGAUUACAGCUCGGGCUUCUUCUCCGCUUACGUUGGUGUCCCCCGUCUCUUGAAGCUUUUCAAGAAGCUGGACAUUGAGGACAAAGUGACCUGGUUCGUGCCCAUGCACUCUGCCGAAAGCUUCCCAGAAGAGUUCAAAGGCAUCAGGGACAGUGGUGCAGAAAUCGGACUCCACGGAUACUGCCACGAGGGCGCAUCCCAACUCACACCCACACAAGAGCGUGAAGUUCUCGAACACUGCAUAUCGCUGUACCAAGAGCUUCUCGGGAAGCGGCCACUCGGAUAUCGUGCCCCAUUGUAUCAACUCCGCGAAACGACGGUUGAAUUACUGGAGAACUACGCCUUUUUGUACGAUUCAUCGCUCUCUCAUCAUGACAGCAAACCAUACUACCUCCCAAGCCAACCGCCAAUCAUUCCACCACGAUAUGAGGUGAAUGCCUCGGCGAAAGACUGGAUGAAGCCGGUCCCCAAACCCAGCGCACCAACAAGCAAAACGCUCGUGGAGAUACCGGCGAACUGGUAUGCCGAAGACAUGACACCUCUACAAUUCUACCCCAAUACGCCAAACUCGCAGGGCUAUGUUGAUGUCCGCGUGGUUGAGAACAUGUGGAAAGAUAAGUUUGAGUGGAUUCGGGGGGAGGUGGAUGAUCUAGGAGAAGCGGAUACCAUGGUGUUUCCACUAGUAUUACAUCCAGAUACGAGCGGAAUGGCACAUGUCAUUGGCAUGAUCGAGAGGGUGUUGAAGUGGAUGCAAGGAUGGGGUGCGGAGGUGGAGUUUUGUACAUAUGAGGAAGCGGCGCGGGAGUGGAAGGAAAAGAAUAGAGUGACAUGA